AUGUGCUCGCAAGCAUAUAUAAAAGGCUGUCACUGUGCAAACCCCUUGCUGGAAGCCAGUGGCAAUCUUGUUUACAAGUUGUACAUAGUUGCCAGAAUACAGACCUUUUACCUCGCGUACUCUUUUCCAUGUAUAUUCCUCCUAGAGAUUCAUUGUCACGCUGAUCCACACUGGGCAAAGGCCACGAUUUUGAAAAACCGUGGCCUGAAGCGUUGGCUCAUGGCAUCCAAGGUGAAGGAGGGUGAUGGAAAACCCCCUGGGCAGAAGAUCCCUGAUUCGGGUCUUCGACCCCAAGGCACCAGACGACGCAGAACCGGUUUGGGAAUGGACAAAAGAGGUGGAGUAUGGCACGGGUCGCGUCCCAAAGGAGUGUAG